AUGCGAAUACUCGAGGGCCCUCAGCCGCUGUUAACAAACGUCGAGGUUUUGGAGCACAUUACAGAGGUCAAGCGCACUGCUGCGAGCGAAAACCUUCAGACCAUCAUCGUAGAGCUGCAGGCGUACCUUCGCGAACGCCCUGCAGGCAAUGUCGGGAAUCCUCAAAAAAUCGAAAACAUAGCGAAAUUUGUCGCUGCCAUUAAGCAAGAAAACCUCGAAUUCGAAAAGGCAGAGAUCCUGGAGAUCUUUAACUCCGCACCCUCGAGUUUAGCCGUCUUGUUCUGCUUGAUCGAAGAAGCCGAUAUGCGCUUCACCGAAGACCAACUAAACAAAGUGCUUGAUCUAAGUGCAGAGUAUCUAGGAGCAGAGCCUGUUCCUGGCGAAUAG